GUGGAAAGCGAGCAGAGCCAUGCACUGUGCUUCUGUUCUAGGGAGAAGUUUCACCCAGAAGGCAGCAAAAGAGGAAAAGAACUGAACAACAAUGCUGAGGUUUGCCAUCACCCUCCUUGCUGUCAUCACAUCAUCUACCUGCCAGCAGUAUGGAUGUCUGGAAGGGGACACCCACAAAGUGAAGCCAAGUCCAGAGCCAAACAUGCAUGAAUGCACUCUGUAUUCUGAAUCUUCCUGUUGCUAUGCAAACUUCACAGAGCAAUUGGCUCAUUCCCCAGUAAUUAAAGUAAGCAACAGCUACUGGAACAGAUGUGGGCAGCUCAGUAAAUCCUGUGAAGAUUUCACAAAGAAAAUCGAGUGCUUUUACCGGUGUUCUCCACACGCUGCUCACUGGAUCAACCCCAGAUAUACUGCUUUUGCCAUCUCUACCUUUUCCUCUGCUAAGCUGCUGCCCUGCACAAUAAUAAUGUCCCAAGCUGAAAGCAGGACGGAGUCACUCUCUGUCCCAGCCCAGGGACUCGGCAGCACCACGCUGCUCUCCAUGAGGGCACUGCGCUGCUGCUCGAACACCCGCCUCCACAGCUCAGCUUUGUGCAGGUACGAAGCCUGCAAAGAUGAUUCCAUUUGUGCCCAUAACUGGCUGACGGACUGGGAACGGGAUGAAAGAGGAGAAAACCACUGUAAGAGUAAAUGCAUGCCAUACAGGGAGAUGUAUGCAAAUGGGACCGACAUGUGCCAGAGCAUGUGGGGGGAAUCAUUCAAGGUCAGCAAAUCCUCCUGCCUCUGCUUGCAAAUGAACAAGAAGGACAUGGUGGCAAUCAAGCAUCUCCUCUCCGAAAGCUCAGAGGAAAGCUCCAGUAUCAGCAGCAGUGAGGAGCACUCCUGCCAAAAGAGACUCCUGAAGUUUGAGGCACUGCAGCAAGAAGAAGGGGAAGAGACGAGAUGAAUUUUGGUGGGUGAACGUCAGGAGGAGAGAAAUCAUUGUGGAAGUUGGGCUCAGGGCAUCACAGCAGCCUGUCUUAUCCCUCACUUCUGAGAACUCAAUAAAUCAAUGGUUGGCUAUAUUAAUCCUUCUCUGAGUUUUUCUGCAUCUGCAUCACAAAGCUCCCA